CCGCUUAGAAAAUAUUUGGUGGUGUAAGACCCAAAAAUCCUACUUUCAUUAUUUAUUUCGAAAUUAUUUAUGACUAAACUGUAAUAAUAGGUUUCUUACAGGUUAACAAGGUUUCAAGGCAAUGUGUUAGAUUGUAUAGCAGUUCAGGAGCGAAAUAAUAUACAAUAUACAACAUUAUGGCAGGAAUACCAGGUCAGGGAUUUCAGGCAGGCUCAGCUGCAGCACCUUCAUCACAAGUGGAGAUUAGUGUAUCAUGCAGAAAUUUAAGAGACAAAGAUGCUUUCUCUAAAUCAGACCCAAUGUGUGUUCUGUACUGCUGGGACAUCAAAGCGAAUUCAUUUCAUGAGUUUGGCAGGACAGAGAUGAUUAAGGACACAUUGAAUCCAGAUUUUGUGAAAAAGUUCACUAUGAGUUAUUUCUUUGAAGAGUCUCAAAAACUGAAGUUUGAAAUAUAUGAUGUAGACUCACCUAGUGGAAGACUGUCAUCUCAUGAUUUUCUAGGUAGAAUGGAAUGCACUCUUGGUGAAAUAGUAGGAUGUGGCAGUGGUCAAAUAGAAAAGAAGCUGCUGGGAAUUCAAGGGACAGCUAAAAUAUUUGUCAGGACGGAGGAAUUAAGUUCAUCUAAGGAAACUGUGUAUAUGCAGCUAAGGGCGUCAGGUCUGGACAAGAAAGAUUUCCUUGGAAAGUCGGAUCCAUUUCUUAUAUUUUAUCGAGCAAAUGGAGAUGGGAUUUACACUGUUGUUCACAAGACAGAGGUCAUUAAAAAUACACUCAAUCCAACAUGGAAGCCAUUUUCUGUGACUGCGAGAACAUUGUGUAAUGGCGAUCAUGAUAGAACUAUUAAAGUAGAGUGCUACGAUUGGGAUUCUGAUGGAAGCCAUGAUCUUAUAGGAGAAUUUACCACCAAUUUAAAAGAGCUGGUUAAAGCACCAACUUCAAAUACAAUGUUUCAGGUAAUUAACCCAAAGAAGAAAGCAAAGAAAAGAAAUUACAAGAAUUCAGGGGAGUUAAUGGUGAUGAACUGUAAAACUGAGAUUGUACCAUCAUUCCUGGACUAUCUUCAAGGAGGAGUUGAAAUGAACUUCACAGUAGCUAUAGAUUUCACAGCAUCAAAUGGUAACCCAUCACAGCCUAAUUCCUUGCAUUAUUACGAUCCAUACAAACAGAACCAAUAUGCCUUAGCCAUACAAGCUGUCGGUGAAAUCAUUCAAGAUUAUGAUUCAGAUAAAUUGUUUCCAGUAUUAGGAUUUGGUGCCAGGCUACCAGAUGGGUCAGUCUCAUUUGAGUUUCCAUGUAAUUUCAAUCCAAACAAUCCAUAUUGUGCUGGCAUACCGGGUGUUCUACAGGCAUACUAUACUUCAUUAAAACAAGUACAACUUUAUGGACCAACAAACUUCUCACCUGUUAUUAAUCAUGUAAUGAGAUUUGCCUCGGCCAAGCAGGACGGCUCAAGUUAUUUUGUUCUGCUGAUCAUAACUGAUGGUGUCAUCUCAGACAUGAACCAUACCAUUAGUUCUAUAAUCAAUGCCUCAUCUUUGCCCAUGUCUAUCAUCAUAGUUGGAGUUGGCAAUGCAGAGUUUGAUGCAAUGGAUGUAUUGGAUGCAGAUGGUAGGAGACUUGGUAUUGAAGGAAGAUAUGCUGAAAGGGAUAUUGUGCAAUUUGUUCCAUUUAGAGAUUUUAUGAAAGGUGCAUAUGGGAAUAACCAGAAUCUACUGCAGGCAGCUCUCGCUAAAUCUGUACUUGCUGAGAUACCGGACCAGGUUGUAAAUUACAUGAAGAAAAAAGGGAUCAAACCUAAACCUCAAAGACCUGCAAGACCAAUGGCUCCUUCCACAGGCGGUGCACAGCCAGGACAACAAGGGCAGGGUCCCUACCCAGGGGCUCAGCCUGGUGGACAACCUCAACAGCAAGGUCAGGGUCCAUACCCAGGGGCUCAACCUGGAUAUCCACAGGGAGGCAAAGGCAAUGUACAUGAUCCUCAGGGUGCUGGUCAAACCCCAUACCCACAGGGAGGUGCAGGUCAAACCCCAUACCCACAAGGCAGUGGUGGUGGUGGAAAUGCCCCUCCUUAUCCCCAGGGAGCUGGAGGUCAGGCACCUUAUCCACAAGGUGGUGCCCCUCCUUAUCCCCAGGGUACAGGAGGUCAAGCACCAUAUCCCCAAGGUGGGGCAGGUGCACCUCCCUAUCCCCAGGGUGCUGGAGGCCAGGCACCAUAUCCCCAAGGUGGGGUAGGUGCACCUCCUUAUCCCCAGGGUGCAGGUCAAGCCCCUUAUCCCCAAGGUAGCGCAGGAGCCCCUCCUUAUCCCCAGGGUGGAGGAGGUCAAGCACCAUAUCCCCAGGGUGGAGCUGGUGCCCCUCCCUAUCCCCAGGGUGCUGGAGGCCAGGCACCAUAUCCCCAGGGUGGGGCUGGUGGUGCUCCACCAUAUCCCCAGGGUGGGGCAGGUGGUGCUUCACCUUAUCCCCAGGGAGGCAGUCUUGGCCAUCAGGCAUCAGCACCUUACUCUUCAGCACCUGGAGGGCCGCCCAAAAGACCUCCACCUACAUAUCAAAAUGCUAAUAAGCAGUGAAAAAAUGUAGGAAAGGGAGAUAAUACUGAACAGAAAAUAAACAAACUAUAAAGAACAGAAAACAGACAUUUAGAACAGGGCAGCAACUAGUCAUCAUGGGCUUUAAACAAUGAUACCUUUUAUGCUUAAUAAUUUAUAUCAACUUUCAUUAUUUUUUCUUGUGACAAAAAGUGUGUUCUGAUAUGGGUAAAUAGUGUAAACAUUAUAUACAUGUAUAGUGUUUUACAGGAUGCCAUUCAACUUUGUUUAGUUUAUGUAUCUUCUUAAGUUUACUUAAUUAAAGGGGGGAAAAACAUUAAAAGAAUGCAAAAUACAUUUAUCUUAACAUUAAAAUUUGAAGGUUUGAAUAUAUAAAGGAUAUUGAAUGAGUUGGUUCAAUACUGAAUUAUUGAACAAAAUGAAUAAUACUUAACAAAAUUAUAUGAUUAUUAUAUGACCUCUUGUGAGCACACGAUUAUUUGAUUUUUAUUCAAUAAAUUACAUGUAAGUAAUCAACCUACACAAAUAUAAUGACUUAUUCAGUAUAAAAUAAAGAAUUUUUAUUUUUGUUGUUGACACCUUGACACUAGCAUUUAUAGCCCUUUUAAAUAACGAAAACAACAUCACAUUGUUUAUUAUUACACCAGUGUAAUAUUGUUUUUAUUUAAUAGGUUUAUUACACUCCUAGGCUCCUACACUAUGGUAUAUUUUUAUUUGAUAAAUAACGGCUAAAAUUCUUGCGUAUUAUGUGAAUUUGUAUACUAUUUAUAAUAUCAUGUAGACUAGUUUAUGAUGUUUUUAUUUCUCUUCCAUACACGUUAUUUUGCUUUGCUUGAAAAUUUAAGAAAAACAAAUGUCUUUAGCAAUACUCAUGAUUGAUAUGUCUUAAAGUUUAUUAUACAUGUAUUACAGUAUUUGUUGUUUGAAUUCAAUAUACUAUAUGGCCUGAAAAGUGACGUUGUAAAUUUCAUGUAUUGAUGAGUCACUUAUAAUCAGUAAUGCUAGAAAAUACCCAUGUAUUGUUGUUAAGUGUCAAUAUGGAUUUCUGAGAGUACUGCAACUUUUUACAUAAUUAUACAUAGAUUAAAGUUGAAAAUCACCUGAAAGAGGAAAAAACUCUCUUUCAGUGGCUGAUAACUCAAAAAGUAUGAUGGUUACCAAUUUGUUCCAAUUAUGAUUCUUCUCUUGGAUCAUGCAAAGUUAUAGAAAAUUCUCGAUACUUGUAUAAAUUUUUCUUCUUCGCUGUUGUUCAAAGUUGCAGUACUCCUGGAAACGCCAUAAAGCACAGUAUGUAUGUAAGUAAGUAAGUAGCCCCUUUAUUAAUAUAGGUUUACACAUUUGGUUUCUCGAUCUUCUAUGUGGACCUCGGCUGAUGAACACAACAUAGAAGUUAACAUGUAUACAACAUAUUUAUACAAACUUCAUAUUGAAAUUAAUCAAUUAUGUAACCAAGCAAGAAUCAGAGUGUUCAUGAUGAUAUGAUUUAUGAAAUAUGAGGUACAUAAAUUGUGUUUUCCAUCUGUUAGAAAAGUUGUUAUUAAAGUAUUAUAUGGACAUGAUACUCAACACAAUAUAUAAAAUUAUAUUAAUAAUAUACAAAUGUGGUUACAACUGUGUACAAAAUUACAGAAUACUUUUUAUGUUUUAGGGUUGACGUUUGACAGGGUAUUUUUUUUAAUUUCGUAAAAGCCUUGUCUUUGUUUUUAUCAAUAUAUACAGGAUAUUUAAUGAGUGUGGAUUCAAUACUGGAUUUAUUGAACAUAUUUAGUACAAUUAUUAUGCGUGAGCCUCUUGCAAGCAUAAUAUUUACUUACAGAAAGAGUACAUUGACAACAAAGUUAGUAAUGAUCAUACACAAGUAUAAUUAUGUGUCACAUACAUGAAAUAACAACUGUUUACAUUAAAAAAAAAUGGAAAAAAAAUUUUUUUUCAUAGACAUGCUAAUAUUUGUAGUGUAAGGCUAACAUUAAGCAUAUACCUUUAGGCUAUAUGUCACACUAAUUAUGCCACAUUGCCUCAUUGCUUUAUUACACUUGUGUAUGGUGAUAAAAAUGAUUCAGUCUUUUCUUGGCAUUCAAAAACUUAGGGAUAUUUUUUGUGUGUUUUUUGUUGUUGUUAUUUUAUAUUUUUUAUGUUAAGUUUGGAUAAUUGAUUCAAAUAUCUUGUAAUUCUGAAAAUUCUAUACUGCUGAAGCGGGUGCUAUCUAUGGGGUAGCUAGGGCUUUAUUGCAUUAAAGUUUACCAGACUUAAUGACAUUAUGUCAGCAAAUUUUGUUUAAAUUAAAUGUAGAAUCUUAAGUAAAAGUUUGUGCUUAUUAGAAAUUACUUAUGAGAACUAACCACUUUGUUGAAAUUAUCUUUUUAUAAACAGAUUAAUAGUUAGCCGUUUUACCAAAGUAAAUGUGUUACGAUUCAUUUCAUAUACUGCCAUCUUAUUGGACAAAAAAUAAUUUCUAACACUAUUUUCUUAUGGAAUCCUUUUUGAAUGCAUACACUAAAUGAGAAAGGGGAACAACUGAAAAAAAAUCAAAAUGAAUAUGUGAGAUUAGAUGAAACAAACAAAAGUAACGUAUUAGAAAUUGUAUAUAACAAUGACAUUUUCAUAAUUAUUCUUGUUCUUUUUUGAGAUCUUUUUAAGAUUUUUUUUCUGUAAUUAAUCAUAUAUAUGUGUAGACUGUAGUGCUAAUUAUAGAAUAUAUUCAUUUCUCUAUUUUGCACAUUCUUUUACAUGUAUAUAAAUCUUUGUAGUGAAAUAGUGUCUUUCAUUCAUCAUCAUGUCCAUUUGUAAACUGAUGUAAUUGUAAACAGUAUGAUUAUAAACUGUAUGUAUUUUUUCUUUUUUCUUAUGGUUCACAUUAAGAUAUUUCUAUAAAUUAUACACGUUCAAUGAAUAAUCAACUGAAAAAGAAUCAAGAAAUUAAUUGCAUUAAUGUAAACACUUAAAUAUAGUCAGACCUAAGGGAAGUUUAUCUAAAUGAAAAUUGCUUUUUGAAAAUAAAACUGUUUCAAUUGCGAAUGGUUAAGGUCGUUGACUUCAAACCACUUGCCCCUCACCGCUGUGUGUCCGAAUCCCGACAGGGACUUUGGAUUCUUUCAAUUGUGAGAAAGCUAUCUAGUUAGCUUACGGAACAUUGGUGGUUCUACUCAGAUGCUUUUCAUGCCUGAAAUAAGGAACAGAAGGGCACCUCCAGUGAAGCUAAAAACCCACCAUAUGUUGGUGUGAGCUAAAUCCUAACCAAAAAAAUCAUUUCCAGCAGUUACUGCCUAUUACAGUAUUGUGUCUUUUGGAUCAUUAAUCAUGGGCAUCUUUAUUUAUAUGUAUUUUGUAUUGUUAUUAUUACAUAAUAAUGAACAUUAUUAUUUAUUUAUAUUAUUAGAUAAUAUAUAUCUACAUUUUUAAGCACAAGUGUGUUCUAUGCUUGAUAUGAAUGCUUUGUAACAGUACUAAGCAGUGUUUCAUUGUUGUUGUUUCCUUUUUAAUCAGAAAAUGUGUUCUUUGUCUUAAUUACUCUCAAAAUAAUUAUAGAGUUUUUGUUUAAUGCAAUUUGUUUAUUAAUGAAGUAUUAACAGUGGAGUGCUAUGAUAUUUUUUUAUAUUUUUUUUUAAACAGAAUUAGAUUUAAAGAUGUUUUAACUGGUUAUAUGGCUGUUAAUAUAAAUGGUUAUGAAGUUAUGCUGGCUAGGCAAGGGUUAUAUAGCAACCAAUCAUAUGAACACGGCCAUAUAGCCUUUAAAAAAACAACAUAUAAAAAAAAUUAAAUUCCUAACUAUUCUGUUUUCUUUAAGAUAAACAUGAAUCUAUAAAUUUACAGUAUCAGUGUGUACGAGUUAUAUUAACCUCAUGAUUAUCAAAUAAAAAAUGUUGAUGCGAAUCUGGUUUUGCUAUGUAAAGAACACUUUGCAUGUG